CACGUGGCACCUCUUGACGCCAAUAUAUAAAUCUUCUCUCUAGGGUUUUGUCCACUGAAACCAACGAGCCCUUUAUAACCGUUGUGCUACUUUUCCUCUCUCACCAGCCAAACAAGCACGAACUGAGCAGAGUAGAAAAAGCUGAAAGAACUACACGAUGUCUUUGGUGGCGAACGAGGACUUUCAACACAUUCUUCGUGUAUUGAACACGAACGUGGAUGGCAAACAGAAGAUAAUGUUCGCCCUCACUUCCAUUAAAGGUAUCGGUCGCCGUUUCGCCAACGUUGUCUGCAAGAAAGCCGAUGUCGACAUGAACAAAAGAGCCGGUGAGCUAUCUGCUUCAGAGCUUGACAGCCUGAUGACCAUUGUGGCAAAUCCUCGUCAGUUUAAGAUCCCAGACUGGUUUCUGAACAGGCAAAAGGAUUACAAGGAUGGUAGGUACUCUCAGGUUGUCUCUAAUGCACUGGACAUGAAGCUUAGGGAUGAUCUUGAGCGAUUGAAAAAGAUCAGAAACCACCGUGGUCUUCGACACUAUUGGGGUCUUCGAGUUAGAGGACAGCACACCAAGACAACUGGACGCAGGGGAAAAACUGUUGGUGUCUCAAAAAAGCGUUGAGUUUUGUUUUGUCUUUCAUGGGAUAUUGUGUUCUGGUAGCAAGGUUUGUUGAUCGAUUAUGUUUACUUUGUUAUUUUUCCUUGAGCUCAGGCUUAGAAUGUCCCCUAGAAGGAACUGUUUUGAUGGAUCUAUUUAGUUAAUUUAAUUUAAUUUUUUAAUCUUCCA